GCUGCCGCCCCGGGCCCCGCUGCCGCCGCCCGGGGAUGCGGCCGGCGCCGUCCCCCCCGCCUGCCCUGGCCCGGCCGCUGGGCAGGAACCGGCCUCCCGGAGCUCCCCGGCCUCGCAGCCCCGCGCCCGGCUCCGCCUGAGGCAGCGGGCACGGGGCGCCGGCCCGGCCGCCCCAGCGCUGCUCGGACGCCGCCAUGGCCCCGGCGGGCCCGCCGGCCCCGAGGUAGCGGCGGUGGAAGGAGCCGAAGGCCGGUGACCGAGGAGCCCCCGUCCCAUCCCUGCAGCCCAGGGAGCGUGCGGAGCCCACCCGGAGCUGCUGCUGCUGCUUCGCCUGGAGAGCUGACAUGGUUCCAGCGCACCUGACCCUGCUGGACUUCAGCGAUACUUGAAGCCAAAUCCGUGGCUCUUUGGCCUUUGCUAACUCAAUGCUAUGCAAAAGAAAAGGAGGAAAAAAAAAAGAAACCUUGACACUAGUUGUGGUGGGAAUGGCUGUUUCCUGCCCUGGGUGAACCCAUGUGUGGUUUCUUGCUUGUGAGAUGAACUAAUUAAUUCUCCUUUACACGGUGGAAGACACACUACAUAUGGCAACUUGAAACUUUGGUAAUGCUUGGUCAUUGCUGAGCGAUUGGAACUUUUACUAGGUUUUCUUUUUUUUUUUUUUUUUUUUUUUUUUCAUAAAGUCACCUAAGGAGCCUUGUUGCUGUCUUCAGGAGCAUUGGAGGAAUUUGUCUUAAUUCUUCACCUCAAGUGACUUUAUCCCACUGUGAGUGCAGCCAGUGCACCCACCUAAAUACCUUCUCCUUCAAAACUCCUUCCCAUCCUGGAAGAUCAGGGAUCACGGACUUCUUCGAAAACUUCUCGUCCUGGGAAAGGCUGCCCAUAGUUACUUUAUGGGGCAGCAGCCUGGAAAAGUUCUUGGGGACCAAAGGAGGCCAAGUCUGCCUGCCCUGCACUUCAUCAAAGGAGCAGGGAAGAAGGAGUCAUCGAGGCACGCGGGCCCACACUGCAACGUCUUUGUGGAACAUGAAGCCCUUCAGAGACCGGUAGUGUCAGACUUUGAGCCGCAGGGUCUGAGUGAAGCAGCUCGCUGGAACUCCAAGGAAAACCUUCUCUCCUGCCCUAGUGAAAAUGACCCCCAUCUCUUUGUAGCACUGUAUGAUUUUGUGGCAAGUGGGGACAACACUCUCAGCAUAACUAAAGGUGAAAAGCUCCGCGUGCUGGGCUACAAUCACAAUGGGGAGUGGUGCGAGGCGCAGACCAAGAACGGGCAGGGCUGGGUCCCCAGCAAUUACAUCACGCCCGUGAACAGCUUGGAGAAGCACUCGUGGUACCACGGGCCGGUGUCGCGGAACGCCGCCGAGUACCUGCUGAGCAGCGGCAUCAACGGCAGCUUCCUGGUGCGGGAGAGCGAGAGCAGCCCCGGCCAGAGAUCCAUCUCCCUGCGCUACGAGGGCAGGGUCUACCACUACAGGAUCAACACUGCCUCCGACGGCAAGCUCUACGUGUCUUCAGAGAGCCGCUUCAACACCUUGGCAGAGCUGGUCCAUCACCACUCCACCGUGGCAGAUGGGCUCAUCACCACGCUGCACUACCCGGCCCCCAAGCGCAACAAGCCCACCAUCUACGGCGUGUCCCCCAACUACGACAAGUGGGAGAUCGAGCGCACCGACAUCACCAUGAAGCACAAGCUGGGUGGAGGCCAGUAUGGAGAGGUGUAUGAAGGAGUCUGGAAGAAGUACAACCUGACAGUGGCUGUGAAAACUCUCAAGGAGGAUACCAUGGAGGUGGAAGAGUUCUUGAAAGAAGCUGCAGUAAUGAAGGAGAUCAAGCAUCCGAACUUGGUGCAAUUAUUAGGGGUGUGCACACGGGAGCCUCCUUUCUACAUCAUCACAGAGUUCAUGACGUAUGGCAACCUGCUGGAUUACCUGCGGGAGUGUAACAGGCAGGAGGUGAAUGCUGUGGUGCUGCUGUACAUGGCAACUCAGAUCUCUUCAGCCAUGGAGUACCUGGAGAAGAAAAACUUCAUCCACAGGGACCUUGCUGCCAGGAACUGCCUUGUAGGGGAGAACCACUUGGUGAAGGUGGCAGACUUUGGCCUGAGCAGGUUAAUGACGGGUGACACCUACACAGCCCACGCCGGAGCAAAAUUCCCCAUCAAGUGGACUGCACCAGAAAGCCUGGCCUACAACAAGUUCUCCAUCAAAUCCGACGUCUGGGCCUUUGGUGUUCUGCUGUGGGAAAUUGCAACCUAUGGUAUGUCCCCUUACCCUGGGAUUGACCUGUCUCAAGUCUAUGAGCUGUUGGAGAAGGACUAUCGUAUGGAGCGUCCUGAAGGCUGUCCUGAGAAAGUUUAUGAGCUCAUGAGAGCAUGCUGGCAGUGGAAUCCUUCUGACAGACCAUCCUUUGCUGAGAUCCAUCAGGCCUUUGAAACGAUGUUUCAGGAAUCCAGCAUAUCUGAUGAGGUGGAGAAGGAACUGGGAAAGAAGGGCAUGAGGAGUGUCGUGAGCAAUUUCCUGCAAGCCCCAGAGUUGCCAACCAAAACGCGAACAUCGAGGAGAGCUGCCGAAAGCAAAGAUGCCAACGAGGGCUUGGAGACUGCACAUGCUCGAGGCCAGGGGGAAUGUGACCUCCUGGAUCAUGAACCUGCUGUUUCUCCCUUGCUCCCACGGAAGGAGAGGGUGGCCCUGGAGAGCAGUUUGAAUGAAGAUGAGCGGCUGCUUCCAAAAGACAAAAAGCACAACCUCUUCAGUGCCCUGAUCAAGAAGAAGAAGAAGACUGCCCCUACCCCUCCGAAACGGAGCAGCUCCUUCAGGGAGAUGGACGGACACUCGGAGCGCAGGGCGGGCGGGGAGGAGGAGUGCAGGGAUGCUGGCAACGGAGCUUUCAUUGCCCCCCCUGCAGACACAGCUGAGGCCUCCAAGUUCCAGAGCCCGAGCAAUGGGGCUGGUGUCACCAACGGGGUUGUGGCUGGGAACUCUGGGUUCUUAUCUCCCCACUUACGGAAGAAGUCCAGCACGAUGAGCAGCAGUCGAGGGGUGGCUGGUGAGGAGGAGAGCAGUUCCAACUCCAGCAAGCGUUUCUUGAGGUCCUGCUCAGCCUCCUGUGUGCCCCAUGGAGCGAAGGACACAGAGUGGAAAUCCGUGACUCUGCCUCGGGAUUUGCAGUCCACGGGACGCCAGUUUGAUUCCUCCACUUUCGGGGGGCACAAAAGUGAGAAGCCAGCACUGCCUCGGAAGCGGGCGAACGAGGCCAAGGCUGACAUUGCUGUCAGGGGAACAGUGACCCCUCCUCCACGGCUGCUUAAGAAGAAUGAAGAGACCCCUGAUGAUGUGUUCAAAGAUGCAGAGUCAAGCCCUGGUUCCAGUCCUCCCACCCUGACGCCAAAACUUGGCCGUAGGCAGCCUGCUGCCCCUCCUCCCUCCAGCGGGCUCCACAAGGAUGAUGGGGUCAAAUCCAGUGCCUUAGGUGCCACUGUGAUGAUGGACCAAGGUUCUGCUGCCAAACCCAGCCCUGCUGGGUUCAUGGGGGCCAGCAAAGCUUCCUCUGAGGAGCCACGCCUGAGGAGGCUCAAGCAGACCUCAGAGACAGCAGGGAAGGAUAAAGGGAAGUUAUCGAAGCUGAAACCAGCCCCUCCUCUCCCACUGUCUUCAUCCUCCAUUGCCAAGCCUGGGAAGGUUUCUCACAGUCCCAGCCAUGAAGCAGCAGCAGAUGUGGUGUCUGGGCCGAAAUCCAAACAGUUGACUCAGGUCGGAGAGGCUGCAGGCAGUGAUGCUGUCAAGCCAAACCAGUCAGGGGAAGGUGUGAAAAAGCUGGGGAUCCCCUCUGUACCAAAGCCACAGUCCUCUACAAAGCUGCUGCUGAGCACAGCAACCCCAGCUGCCUCUUCCUCAUCCGUACCCUCUGCCCCAGGCGGGGACCAGACGUCAUCCACAGCCUUCAUCCCCCUCAUAUCCACCAGGGUCUCGCUGCGGAAGACCCGGCAGCCCCCGGAGAGGAUUGCCAGUGGCACCAUCACCAAAGGGGUGGUGUUGGAAAGCACCGAGGCUCUACGGCUCGCCAUCAGCAAGAACUCUGAGCAAAUGGCCAGCCACAGCGCCGUCCUGGAGGCUGGCAAAAACCUCUACACCUUCUGCGUGAGCUACGUGGACUCCAUUCAGCAGAUGAGGAACAAAUUUGCCUUUCGGGAGGCCAUCAAUAAGCUGGAGAACAACCUACGGGAGCUUCAGAUCUGCCCCGCGACCGCCGGCAGCGGCCCUGCGGCCACCCAGGACUUUAGCAAACUGCUCAGCUCGGUGAAAGAAAUCAGCGACAUUGUUCAGAGGUAGCAAGAAACCAGGCUGAAAAACAAACAAGUGAAUCAAUCAAUCAAUCACAAUGGGCCAAAGCCAGCUGUGGAGAGAGUAACGUGUGGACUGACAAAGGAGCGGGGCGUUCGCGUGAGGGCUGUGCCAAGGACGCAGACUGUGAAUGGACGCCCCAGCUCCAAAGGGCAGGGCUGGGUUCAGGAGGCACUUCCCACCCUCUGAACUCAGAUUCCCUGUGUUUCAUAUACUUGUAAUCGUCUUAUCUGUGGAGUUCUUGCCUUGUGGACUACAAGUCUAAAUGCUGAUGUCACACCAUGCCUUUCUAUUAAUAUUUUAUUGUUCUGGACAGAUUGUUAAGACUGAAGCCAGACUGGUGGACACUGAGAUGACAUCCUCCUCAGGAGGACUUUGUACUGCAUUUUUGUCCCCCCCCACUGCCCUCCUGUGCAUGAGGAUGAGUGUUUGGAUAGCAAUAUACCCACUGCAUUUCUUGUGAGAGUUUGCCCAGCACAUGGCCCUGGACAAGUCUGACAUUCACCUGACACUAAUGCAACAGAUUUGGUGCUUGGGAGGGAAGGGGGAAAAAUUAUUAAUGUAAGGUUUUUUUAAUGACUGAAUGCUACAAGUGACGAUUGCCCAAAUUCUUCCUCCGAUUCCACCUGCUACCCUUCCUUUCUGUGUUUUCAGUAGUUUCUCAGUGUUGUUGAGCUCCAGUGAAUUGCUUGGGCUCGCAGCGUUGGAGGCAGCACCCGCUGGUGUCACAGCCCAGGAGCCUGUUCGUGGAUCUCCCUCAGCAGCAGAACAGGCCUGGAGAAGGUCUGGAGGAGGAUGUGGCACUCUGGUGAUGUCUGACACUAAUCAGGCUGGUCUUUGGGGUGGGGUCACAGAGCUUGGGCAGGUGGGAGAAUGGCAGUGGGAAGAGAUGGCUCGGGGUGAGUUCUGAGGCACCACAGCAGCUGUUCUGGCUGAGCCUGCACAUCGCAGUGGGUGAGAGCUCCUGUGUCUCCAGUUGGAUUUCCAGCUGUUUGUUUUGUGAAGGGAGAUGGAGCCUGGCCUCUGCCCUCCUGCAGAGCUUUGGGGGGCUGUGGUGCCUGCCCUUCUGUGCCACUGGAACCCCCUGAGAGGAGCUCCAGUGCCAGUACUCUGGGGUUAAAAGCAGUCCUACCUUCAUGCCAGCGUGGUUCCAUCCAGCAUCAAGCAAGGAUCUGUGGAGACUGCAGACACCUCUCUGGGGUGCAUCUCCUGAGGGAACUGCCACAACAUCCUGACAGCAAGACUCCUGGCCUUUCUUGCCAAGGUCCUGUGACCUUGUCAAUUAAUGCUGGGAACUAACUGUGACUCGUGGCAAUAGUGAAAGAACAAGGUUUAGGGCUAUUAACAGUGCAAUUUAACUCCUCCUAACAGUUCCAACCAUAAGAAAAACACUUUUCCCAUUUUCUGUUCCCCUGUAACUCGUGACCCCUCUUGUGUAUCUUAAACACUAAUUGCCUUCAAUUGUAUUUUAUGCUGUUCUCUUUGGAACUGUUUGUUUUGUAUAUGAUUUCUAGUAGUUCACUCAUGUGUGUUCAUGCCACUUCUCGCCCUCACAAACAGCCAUGACUUAACAUGUGACAAAUGUUCAAAAGAAAAUACACACUUCUACCACAGGCUGCCUUUAAAAAUGUAAGAAAAAACCCAACCCUUGAAUUGUCUCUUUCCUGGAGGUACUGUUUUUACUUUGAUAACAUAUUGUGCCACUAUAUUAUACAUUUGUAUCUUGUUAUUACACACUUUUGUAGACUUGUCUUUUUUACAGUGUGUAAAUAGCUCUGUCCUUCAUCUCUGUGAUACUUAAGGGGGUCAUUUCCCCUUUAAUUUAGUCCAGUACAGAUUGUUUCUGUACGUGACUUUCAAUUCUUCUCUCUUUCUCUGUUUCCAUUUUUUGAUUUGUUUUUUAUUCCAGUCUCUCUUGCCUAGUAUAUUUAAAAAUAAAUCAAUGUUGAGGAAAA